CUCACACGCUACUCCUCCCACAUACAUACACUCUGCUAUACAGAGAGGAAGAGGAAGUGAGAGGCAGUUGGUUUAGUUGGUGUGGGUUAAGUUGAACUCUCAGGUGGGGAGAAAGACAAGAGUUGUAAAGGAGAGACGAGAGGACCGGAAACCAACCGCAGAGAGGACAGUGAAGAUGGCUGAGGAGGAGUCCCACUAUGGCAAGCACGGUGAACCCAGGAAGUAUGACCCCACCUUCAAAGGACCAAUCCACAACAGGGGCUGCACAGACAUUGUUUGCUGCAUCCUCUUUAUUGUGGCCAUCCUGGGCUACUUUGCCGUUGGCAUUCUGGCCUGGUCCCAGGGCGAUCCCCGCAAGGUGAUCUACCCCACUGACAGCAGAGGCCAGUUCUGUGGACAGGCUGGCACGCCACUGGCGAAGAAGACCAAGCUGUUCUACUUUAACAUCAUGAAGUGUGCCAACCCCAUGGUGUUGUUGGAGUUCCAGUGCCCUACCACUCAGCUGUGUGUAGAGAAAUGUCCAAAGCAAUUCAUGACCUUGUUGAAAGCACAUGCUGUAAGCAAAGACUGGGAUUACUACAAAGAUUUCUGUAAGGAAGGUGCAACUAAAGCAAAGACUGCACAGGAGAUUCUAAAGGAGGGCCUGUGUCCUGCCAUGCUUCUGCCAAGCAAAUCCUUCACCCGCAGGUGCUUCCCUGCCCUCAGCAGGAAGGGCCAGGACGUGCUCGUGGGCAACCAGUCGCAGUUUGAUGAUGGGAGUGGCCUAAGACCCGCCAAAGACCUGCUCGAUGGAGUGAAAAAUGCCUCUGUGGUUAUUGAAGCACGACAAGUGGCCAUGAAGAUCUUUGAAGACUACACACAGUCAUGGUACUGGAUCCUAAUAGCACUAGUGCUGGCCAUGGUCAUCAGUCUCAUCUUCAUUGUCCUGCUGCGCUUCCUAGCUGGCAUCAUGGUGUGGGUCAUGAUCGUCUUGGUCAUCUUGGUGAUCGGAUAUGGUAUCUUCCACUGCUACAUGGAGUAUGCCCACCUGAAGGAUGAGCCGGGGGCGGACAUCACGCUCCAAGAGCUGGGCCUCCAGAUGGACGUCUCCAUCUACCUGCAGAUCAGACAGACAUGGCUGGCUUUCAUGAUCAUCUUGGCCAUCCUGGAGGUCAUCAUCAUCCUCCUCCUCAUCUUCCUCCGAAAGAGGAUCCUUAUUGCCAUCGCUCUCAUCAAGGAGGCCAGCAGGGCCAUCGGUCACAUGAUGUCCUCUCUGUUCUACCCCCUGGUGACCUUUCUGCUGCUGGCCAUAGUCAUCGCCUACUGGGCAGUCACAGCCGUGUUCCUGUCCACUUCCAAUGAACCCAUUUAUAAAGUCUUCAAUGAGACCGAGUGUGAGUUCGGGAGACAGACAUGUAACCCUGAGAACUUCAGCACAUCUGAUAUGAAGACCAAGUGCCCCGACUCUGAGUGCCUGUUUGCCUUCUACGGCGGGGAGACUGUUUACCACAAGUACCUCAUUGGCCUGCAGUUCUACAACGUCUUCCUGUUUUUCUGGUGUGCUAACUUUGUGACUGCGCUGGGGCAGAUGACUCUGGCAGGGGCGUUUGCCUCCUACUACUGGGCCUUCGUCAAGCCGGACGACAUGCCCACCUGUCCCAUCUUCUCCUCCCUCGGCAGGGCACUCAGAUAUCACACAGGCUCCCUGGCCUUUGGCUCUCUGAUCCUCUCCAUAAUCCAGGUGAUCAGAGUGCUGCUGGAGUAUCUGGAUCACAAGCUCAAAGGAGCCCAAAACAAAUGUACAAAGUUCCUGUUGUGCUGUCUCAAGUGCUGCUUCUGGUGCCUGGAGAAAUUCAUCAAAUUCAUCAACAGGAAUGCAUAUAUCAUGGUAGCCAUAUAUGGCAAAAACUUUUGCACUUCGGCCAGAGAUGCCUUCUUCCUUCUAAUGAGAAAUAUCAUAAGGGUUACUGUCUUGGACAAAGUGACUGACUUCCUGUUGUUUUUGGGAAAGCUUCUCAUUGUAGGACUAGUAGGGGUCUUUGCCUUCUUUUUCUUCUCUGGAAGAGUGAAGGCUUUCGAGGACACAGCACCCACUCUCAACUACUACUGGGUUCCCAUCCUGACGGUUGUUGUUGGCUCUUACCUCAUAGCCCAUGGCUUCUUCAGCGUCUAUGCCAUGUGUGUGGACACACUUUUCCUCUGCUUCUUGGAGGAUCUGGAGAGGAACGACGGCAGUGCAGAGAGACCCUACCUGAUGCCUGACAAUCUGCUCAAAGUUCUGAAGAAAAAGAACAAGACGGAGAGCGAGUAGUAGUGCUCCCCCAAGUGGCGUGAAGGUGUCGCUGAAGUGAAGUGGAGGAUGACUGGAGCAGGUCUGCUGAACAUCUCCGUUAAGCUAGUCUUUCCAUAACUGCCAUAUAAACUGUAUAUAAAGAAGUAUAAGGACAAUUUUUGACCUCAACACUCAAAACUGAUCAGGACCAGAAGAUAUAUGGAGUUUUAAUCAGAAGAAAGAACAUAUAUCACACUUCUAUGCAACUCGAAGAAGACUGGACACUGUUCUCUAUGUGUAUCCGUGUAUCACAUUUACACAGUUUUAGAUAACAUGAAUGAUAUGUGACUGGGGUAUGACAUCACACCAAAGGCAUUUUUAUUUUUGUAUUUUUUAUUUUUUAAAAUAAUUUGUGACUUUUGUGUCUGGCAAAAAAACUGAAGUCCGUUACAUAACAAAGCUUUAAAGUCAGCUGUAAGCACUACUAGCAUUCUAUUAGCAUGAAUAUUGCUCAGUUUGAAAUACAGUAUCCGCUUUGGAAUUCCAGUCCAUAUUUAUAGAAAAAACUGUUAUGCUUUGUGAUUUGUUGUCUUGUUAUUACAUUAUGUGAAGCCAAUCUCAAAUGUGCCUUAUCCCAUCUCAAUAGCUAAAGAACACAAGUUUUUUUGUCUUUCCAAAUAUGUGUGCAAUGUUUUUAGAUUUUCUUUACUUUUACAAUCUGCCAAAAGACACACAAUUUUAAGUGAGUUAACCCUUUAUUUGGAGUUGGUGCUUAAAAGGUUAAUAUGGAAAGUAUGGAGUAUGCCCUCAAAUACUUUCAUGUGUUUUAGUUUUGUUUCUGCUUGGAGCGUUGAUAUGUAUUUAUAUGUUCAGUUUGGAAGAGAAAUAAAGAUGGAAAACAUUUGUACUGACA